AUGGAGCGUUCCGCUUGGCCCAAGAGUCUUUCCUCCAGCGGCAAGCGCGCGAUCCAGGAACUCUCUGGCCAAAAUCCCAAGAAGCUCAGAGAUGCCUUCGACGCUCACUCUCAAACUGGCGAUGACCCACGGCAGCCCUUGUUUGCGGGAAAUCUGAUCGUCAGCGUCCUCGGGUCGUUCAGCAGCAACACCCAAUCCCUAUCGAGCGGGGCUGAGUCCUAUGAGGUCUCGCAGGUCCCGAGCAACGCCUGUGUCAUGUCCGGGGUCUCUAAGGGAAGUGAGAGCAUCAAGUCUCCGGUUAAGCGCGUCAAGACCCCCGUCCAGAGGUCAUCGGUAGUGGAGGCUGCGACGGCGAUAUACGAGGGCAGAGUAGACAUGGCUUCGGAGAUCCUGACGCGCUGGUCUGCCGAGAUCCUGACAAGCUUGUCUGCCGUGCCGAACCCCAUGGGUUAUUCAGAGUGGAAAUUGAUGGGAUACAUGAUUUCUGCGCUUAAAUCGCGCAUGAGCCCCGUCGAUUACCCCCCUCCCGUGGUGGAGUUGUUCACCGAGGAACAUGUGUCGUCGGUUCGGUCACUUUACGAUCUGUCUCCUUGUUUUGAGCUCAGUUUCAUGGCUGCCAAUCUCGCGAUUUUGGAAGCUACAUCGGAGCAACCCUCCACUAACAAGCUCCAUGUAAUUGAUUUCAAUAUUGGUUGGGAACGACAGUACCACAAUCUCCUUCUUUUGCUGUCCAUGCGUCAGGCGGGCAAUCAAUCCACACUCAAGAUCACGACGCUCACAGAUAGCAUCAACGGUGUGGAGAGGCUCAGGAUGAUUGGGGAUCGACUGAGUGAAGUUGCGGCCGAGAUAGGAGUUAGGUUAGUAGUCAACAUCGUGAGGCAGAAGCUGAGCGAGUUGAGCCACGACUCGCUGGGCUGCGAGCCCUUGGAAGUGCUAGCGGUGAACUUGGCGUUCAAGCUGUACAGAAUGCCGGACGAGAGCGUAUCCGCGGAGAACACGCGCAACGAGCUCCUCCGGUGCAUGAAGGUGCUGAUGCCACAGGUGGUGACGCUGGUGGAGCAGGAGAUGAACGGGAACACGGCGCCAUUACCGAUGCGCGUGGGGGAGGUGCUGGCGUACUAUGGGGCGCUGCUCGAGUCGAUCGACUUUAAAGUGCCGGAGCAAGUGAGGGUGGAGGAGGGGCUGAGACGGAAAUUGGGGAACUGGGUUGCUUGCGAAGGUAGGGACCGGGUUGAAAGAUGCGAGGUGUUCGGGAAGUGGGGGGCCAGCAUGGGGAUGGUUGGGUUCCAGUUGAAGCCACUGGUUCCACACGUGACCGAAUCAUUGAAGCUGCGGCUCGGCUAUUGGACCUCGGACCCAAGAUCGACGGUGAAAGAAGAGAAUGGCGGGUUUUGCUUCAACUGGCGCGGCCGAAUUCUCACCGUCACAUCUGUUUGGCAUUGA